AAGAGUAACCACAAGCCACAAAAAUAUAAUUUUGAGAACAGUUUCAAAUACCCAAUUGGAAUCAAAUUCUUGGGAAUUUGUUCUUUUUUGUUUAUCUUUAAAAUUUCUUUGUCACCAUUAUGGCAAAUACUAUAGUGGUUUUUGAUUUCGACAAAACCAUUGUCGAAUGUGACAGUGAUAACUGGGUUGUUGAUGAGUUGGGUUUCAAUGGUUUGUUCAAUGAACUAUUUCCCACUAUGCCAUGGAACAAUCUCAUGGAUAGGAUGAUGAUGGAGCUUCAUUCUCAUGGAAAAACCAUUGAAGAUAUUGUGCAAGUUUUGAAGAGGAUUCCUAUAAACCCUAGAAUAAUCCCUUCCAUUAAAGCAGCAUAUGCUUUAGGGUGUGAUUUGAGGGUUGUAAGUGAUGCAAACAAUCUUUUCAUUGAUACAAUUCUUGAGCAUUUUGGAAUUAGGGAAUGUUUCUCUGAGAUUAACACUAAUCCAGGAUAUGUUGAUGAGGAAGGAAGGUUGAGAAUUUUGCCUUACCAUGAUCUCAAUAAGCCUCCUCACAAAUGUAAUUUGUGCCCUGCAAACAUGUGCAAGGGUCUAAUCAUAAAUAGAAUCCAAGACUCUCUAUCAUGUGAGGAGAAUAAAAGAUUUAUCUAUCUUGGUGAUGGUAGUGGAGAUUAUUGUCCAAGCUUAAGGCUUAAAGAAAAAGAUUUUGUGAUGCCAAGGAAGAAUUUUCCUGUGUGGGACUUAAUUUGCAAAGAUCCUUCACUUGUUAAAGCUAAAAUUUAUGAAUGGAGUGAUGGUGAAGAACAAGAAAGGGUUUUGCAUCAAUUAAUCAACAAAAUUUCAUUGGAAGAAAAUGUUCAAUGCAUUUCAACUGAAUUUAAGAUGCAGAUUCCAUCAUUCAAGGCUCAUGAGGCUUUACCUAAAGCUCUAUCUAUUAAGAUAUAAUAAGCUAGUUUAAUAUGUACUAUUUACAAAUAGCUUAAGUAUUUUUAUUUUCUGCGAAAAAAAAGUUUUCGUUUUUUGUUUUUUAAUUUUCUUACUUGCUUUAUUUUGGAAUUGACCUUUCCUAUAAUUUGGAAUUGGUGUAAGUCAAAUUUUAUUUUAAAAUUAUAUACAAACUUUAGUUGA